AUGCGGCAGUGGUUGCUGCUGCAGCAGGAGCAGCAACAGCAGCAGCAGGAGCAGCAAGAGCAGCAGCAGGAGCAGCAGGAAGAGGGGCUAUGCCAGCGGCUGUCAGCAAGAAGGCUGCAGCAGCUGCUGCAUCAGCUGCUGCAGCAGCUGCUGCAGCUGCUGCAGCUGCUGCAGCAGCCGCAGCACGCGCUGCAGCAGCAGCUGCAUCAGCUGCUGCAGCAGCUGCAGCAGCUGCUGCGUCAGCUGCACCAGCGGCUGCACCCGCUGCUGCAGCAGCUUCGGCAGCAGCUGCAGCAGCUGCAGCAGCUGCUGCAGCAGCAGCAGCAGGAGCUGCAGCAGCAGCUCAAGAACUGCAGCAGCAAUUUAAAAGAAGCUCCUUUGGGUGUCGUGACACCUGAAAACGCCAAACAACUUUCUAGGGUUUACGAAUUUGACAAUUUGAUUUAUUUCCCCAACACCAAAUGCGCCGUUUGCAACAUUAUCAGCACCACUUAUGAAGUUUUUAAGCGCAAAAGCAUUGAAGAAAAAGCAGCAGCAGCAGCAGCAGCAGCUGCUGCUGCUGCUGCAGAGAGCGGCAGCAGCAGCAAAGAGAAGCAUGCAACGAAGCACAACUCGAGCAGAGCAGCAGAAGGUGCAGCAGCAGCAGAAGAUGCAGCAGCAGCAGAAGGUGCAGCAGCAGCAGAAGCUCCAGCAACAGCAGCAGCAGAAGCUACGCCAGCAGCAGCAGCAGCAUUAGCAGCAGCAGCAGCAGCAGCAGCGACAAAGGAAGCCAUACAACGCUCAAAGGCGCUUUACAACAAAGCUGCCGCAACAAAAGCAGCAGCAGCAGCAGCAGCAGCGCAGCAGCAGCAGCAGCAGCAGCAGCAGCAGCUUUGCGUGCAGCAGCAAAUUGCUACGAAGCAUUUUGCUUCGCCUCUUGGCUGA